AUGUUUACAACGAGUGUAGACGCCGAGAACGGCUCAACCGCCCAGGAAAGCAUCUUUGUCUCCGACGACGACGUCAAAGAGGUGACGCCCGUGAAGCGCCAACCCACCAAAGUCCAGACGAUCCCCGACUCAUCAGAAGACGAUGAACCCAUCGCCUCCACACGUCAGCGCCACAACCUCCGCUCAUCAGCGCGCAAGCCCACCAAGCCGUCGCCAAAAAAGCCCGCCCCAGAUAUUGCCGAGAAACCCAGUCCACUACCCGCCAGACCGCGACCCAUCUUGAAAAACGACCUGGUCGCCAAAAAAGCCGUGAUCAAAAGCAUCGAAAGCUACUGGGGCAAAAACUGGGUCAAAACUCACAUCCCCAAAUGCCACCGCCCCCUAGUAAGUACCCACACACUACCCUCCUACUCCCCACCCACCAACACUCCGCAGUACAAAAACGGCACAAAACGAAACUACAACCGCGCCCACGAAAACGACCCCAUGAAAUGGCUCCCCUUGGUCCUCAAAUCCAUCCUCAUGGUCGCCAAGCUCACCAAGAACCGAAAGUGGCUUGCGGCCACCAUGAACAAAGUGGUGCGCUACCGCGUCAAGAACACCGGGAACAGGAAGCCACAGCUUUGCAGCACGGACUUUGAUGUCAUGGAGGAUAUGUUGGUCAAAGACUGGGAGGUGGAGUAUGCGUUUGGGGUCUGGUAUAAGCAUUUGCUUGUUAAGGCCAAGGAGAUCCAGACUGAGGAGGAUGUGGAUAGGAUCAUGAAAGUUAGUGAGGAGGAGGAGGAUGGGGAGGAGGGAGGUGAUGGGGGUCAGGACAGUUCUGGGGGGUCUGAUUCGGAGUCGGAUGAUGAUGAGAAGAAGAAGUUCGGCGGAGGAGCUUCAGAGGGUCACCGGGUGAUGGGUGGUCAUCACCAGUCCCCUGCCUCGACGCCGCGUGAUAAGAAGCACAAGACACCCAAGGAAGAAGCCGUCAAGGAGGAGUCGCCGACGCCUCCUCAUCCUCCGCCGCCGCCCGGUAUGUAUGGUGGCUACCACGGCCAGCAGCCCGUUGACCCGUGGGGUCGUCCGAUGAUGAUGCCUCCGCAGGGUGGUGGGUUCGGUGGUUAUGGCGGUUACCCAGGCUUCAACGCCUAUGGCUAUCCACCUUACGGCCAGCCCCCGUUUCCGAACCAAGGCCGCCAACCAUCUCAUCCAUCUCCCUUCCCGCCUUUCUCUCGCCAACCACCACCAAUGGCCUAUCCGCCCGGUACCCCAAAGCCUGCGCGCGCAGGUCGCGACACCCCCACGAUCAAGCGCGAGUCGCCCGGCCUUGACGGCGAGCAAGUCGACAACUUCGGCAAUCCAGGGGUUUUCGGUCACGAAGGAGCCAUGGUCAAAGACGAGGAGAGCGUCAAAGCCGCGGUGGCCGUCGCUGAGGCGGAGCUCAAACUUGCACACCUUCGUGCCAUGCAGGCGAGCCUGGCGAGCAUGUCGAAGAAGUAG